AUGGAUAGACAAGGGUGGAUGAGUUUUGUUUUGAAAGAAAAACUUAAAGGCUUGAAAUUUAUUAUUAAGGAGUGGCACAAGGGUGUUUAUGGUGACAUGGAGGCUAGCGUGAGUAAGAGGGUGGAAGACAUUCUUGAAUUGGAUGUUAGAGGGGAGGAAGUGGGGUUGAGUGAGGAAGAGGUGGAGUUGCGAAAAUCUUUGUUCCGAGAUUUAUGGAGACUUUUAAGAGCAAAAGAUUCAAAUAUGGUUCAACGAGCUAGGUCAAAAUUGUUUAAGGAAGGAGACACUAAUUCAAAGAACUUCCAUAAGUGCGUUAAGAUAAGGAAUAGUGGGAAUUCAAUAAAGGCUUUACGGGUGGGAGAGGAGUGGGUGCAAUCUCUGACGAAUGUUAGAAGAGUUGUGGUAGAUUACUUUACAAAUCAUGUUGCGGCUCAUUCGUGGGAGCGUCUGAAACUUGAUGGGGUGUCUUUCCAAAGUUUGAGGGAGGAGGAUAAUUUGAGUUUGGUGGCUCCGCUCUCUAUGGAGGAAAUUGAAAAGGUGGUGAAGGAUAGUGAGGUGGAUAAAAAAGCUCGGGACCAGGGGAAGGUGAGAAUUAUGUUUGACCAAUUUCAUGGGAAUGAUGUGUUGCCUAAGGCGAUAUUGACUUAUUUUGUGGCGUUGAUUCCUAAAAUUAAUUCCCCAUUAGAGUUAAAAGAUUACCGGCCCAUUUCCUUGUUGGGGUGCCUUUACAAGCUUUUGGCUAAGGUUCUAGCUAGAAGGCUUGCUAAGGUGAUGAACCCUAUUAUUUCAUUGAAUCAAUCGGCGUUUCUCAAGGCUUUCUAA